AUGGAUUCCAUGAGUCUCGUCUCCUCUUUUCUUUACCCCCCGAGGCCGCGCGCGCGCCGCGGCGCCCCUCUCCUCUCCGUCUCUUUCUUCCCCCUUCCCUUCUCUUUCUUCCCUGCUAUUUUCCCCGUUCUGCCAACGUUACACAACAUCAUGCGGAUCCACUCUUUAGUAGCUGCUUCUGCCGCCGCUUUCACACUAUCCUUCUUUGUAGGUAGAUAG